AUGCUGCGCUCGUUGCUCUCCUUGGGCCGCUCUAGCGCCAACGAGUACAUCUUUCCCCAGGUGAGCCCCACCGAGGAUGGUCCGGACUGCUCGAAGGAUUGCGCCGACUGCACCAUUCACUUUCCAUCGAAGGUCAAGGUCGAGACCUCACGCCCACUCUAUGGCCAAAUCAAAGAAUUUCACUCUCACGUGCUCGUUGCGACCGGACAAUCAGACUGGAAAGAGAAGGUCGAAAAAGAGUCGGGAAGCUUGAUGGAAGCAUUCGACUCAGCAACGUCGGAGCUCGGUCGCAUCAUGGUUUCAGCCUCAAACAUGAACCCUCCCGGCGACUCACUCAUUGAAAAAAGUCCCGAAGCUACCACAGUGCUCAUCUUGCCAUCCUUCACAUACGUCGACUCAGUCAGACAGGCAGAUGUUCAAAGCUUGAUCACUCACUACAUAGAUCAUCCCGCCGAUGAAGACAAGGUUAAUAUCACUGCCUCCCCUGCGGUCUCGAUGCGCACUCGGCCCUGCGAGUUGGACUACGUCAUUCUACUCUGCUCACAUCGACGACGAGACGCCCGUUGUGGAAUCACGGCCCCACUUAUUAAGCGCGAGCUUGAGAGGCAUCUCCGUCCGCUGGGGCUCGAUCGGGACCCAGAUGACUCGCGAACCGGUGGAGUGGGCAUUUUCUUUGUAUCGCAUGUCGGCGGACACAAGUUCUCAGCAAAUGUUUUGAUUUAUCGCAAACAAGAUCAGCAGAUGAUUUGGUUAGCUCGUGUCAAACCCGAGCAUUGUGAGGGUAUUGUCAAGUACACUGUGCUGCAGGGCAAGGUUGUACACCCCGAGAACCAAUUGAGGGGUGGGUUUGACCGCGCGCGGGGGCUCACAAGUUGGUGA